CUCAUUUUGGCCUAUUUCUUUUCAAUCUGCCCGAACACUAAGCUAUAUAUCUCUUGAAUUACACUCGGACCCCAGCAAAUGAAUAUUGAGUCUCCGUGAAACUUGGUCUUGACUUAAGCUAUCUACGUAUACGUCUUGAACUCAGAGCGCGUUCUGCUAGUGGUCACAUCUUGUGCACGAUCAUGGCAUCCGAGGUCUCAGCUGAGGAGCUCAAACAAAAGGGUAACGAACUCUUCGGACAACAGCGCUACGAGGAAGCCAUUGCGAAGUACACGGAGGCUAUAGCAGUGAACGCCACCGCAAUUCCAGACGGCGAAGCAGCCUCUGCGGCGAGCAAGCGGUUCGAAGCUGUUUUAUACGCGAAUAGGUCGGCGUGUGAGGCCAACUUGGAAAGAUGGGACCGGGCGGAGGUAGACGGGAGGAAGGCCAUCAGUAUCGACCCUUCCUACACCAAAGCAUGGAGUAAAUUGGCCGUAGUCUACGAAGCUCAGUGCAACUUCUUCGAAAGCAUGAGAUGCUAUAGCCAAUGUGCAGCUCUCUGCUCCGGACCUAACCUAAAAGCUCAACGAUCUGUGGUUGAGGCAUCGUUCGACAUAGCGAAGGAAAAGUGGCGGAUGGCUCGAGCGUGGCGCCCAACCGACGGGGAGGAUUUGGAAAGUGGGAUGCCUUGGAAGAGAGUCCUUCCCAUGGUCCCGAAUCUGAAGAACAAGUUGGUGCGGGGGAUCCUUGAGAAUACUAGCGCGUGGAUGCUUGUAGGAGAAAACUGGGAGUAUGGAAUACGCGCCAUGAAUCCGUUUGAUGUCACGCAAGUUCACGGAGGAUUCUUGGUGAAUCAUCAACGUGACAGGGCCCUUCAACAUUUCACUGGUGCUAUCAUGAUCGACGACCGUAUCUUCCGAGUUGAGAAUGAGAACUGGCUCGAUGAGCUUCGCCGGAACAUGGACCACGAAUUAUCGUCCAGAAACGCUCCAACGUCUUCAGAUCUUCCUUCAGUCCAAGCACACAUCGAAAACCUAUUUACGACUGGCGGCUUCACACUGAGCCGACCAGCAUUAGCAGUAUACGUUCAGUCUCUCGUGAUGAAAGCCUUCCUCAAACAAAUGAUCGAAGGCGAUCCCGUCGAAUCUGUCAGGCUCUUGGACCACGCUCUCGAAGUUCUGGACUGGGCCCGUGAGAAAUGGGCCACGGUCGCGAGAGAACAUCGAGGUGCUGUUCUCGAGCUCAGUUGGAGACGUGGCGCGUGUUGCAUGCGGCUUCGGCAUUUAGUCCAGGCAGUCGAUGAAAGUCGCGGUGCAGGUGGAUUCACUCUCGAGAGGCUGAAGCAAGAUGCCGAUGCGCUGUUGGAAGACAUGAAAUCUGCAGCAGAUCCAAGGCCAAGGCCCCGGAUUCAAUGCUGCAUUCUUCGUUCUCCUACGUGCAUUCGCCCUCCAAGCAAAAGCACAUUGCGCGGUCAGGGAGGCAAUUGCUUGUGAGAAGCAGUGCAAAUAUCGAAGUAGGGGGUUGUUGUACGAAGCAGCUGGACUGUAUGAGGAAAUCACGUCAUGUAUCCCGUGGACGAUGAAAAACACCUUUGGUGGAAGACCGCCCUCCUCCUCGCCAACGCCCCGCUCUCAGAGACCCUUCCUCUCAUCAACGACAUCCGUCACUCCAUGGCCGCGCCAAAAAUCGUAUGGGAAGAAUGCUGGAUGUACAAGUCGGUAGAAGCGAAGUUGAGGAUGUACGAAGGGUUUGAAGCGGAGAUGAAGCGGGGGAUGGACGAGCGGAGGAUGAGUGUGGAUGCGGCGAGGAGACCGGGGUGGGUGAGGUUGGGCGGUUUGGUUCAGUUCCAUUGGUGUUGAGUGACGGUGGUCUGGAUACGCUUGCUUCUUGAACGAAAGGACGGCAUUUCCUGUCGUUGACCAUCUGCCUUGUGUGAUAUACUACUACUUCGGCUUAUUUGAUUUGUUUUUGGAAUAUUUUGGACUCCUUUUCCUACCUCCGCCGCAGCCCACCAUGUAGAAUUAAAC